CUUAUUUUCUUCUCCUCCUCCAAGAGAGUUGAAAUUUUAGGGCAAGAAAAGGAAAAAAAAUUGAGCUGAUGUUGAUUUCUCUCAUCACUCCAACUUGAUUUCUUGAUUCGAAAUUGUUAUUGAAGAGGAGAUAGAAAUGGCAAAUCACGGCAGACGAAUUGCGGAAGCUGUUUUUCAAACAAGAGUGGUAAGAUCAUCUUCUCUCUCACAAAUCAUGUCCUCCUCAUCAUCUACUGUUAAACCCAAUCUUCUUAAUAACAUCAUUACUAGGACGAGUCACUCUUCAUCAUCAUCAUCAUCUGUGAAUCCAAUUUCUAAAUUGCCUUUCCAUGAAUACAUAUUCAAUAAAAACUCAGUACCAUCCAAAUUGCCUUCGACUAAAACAAUCUUGUCUGAAAUGUUCCUUAAAAAACACUCUACUCAACAAUUAGGGUUUCAUCACAGAAAGCUGGUUAAUAAUAAUGGGGUUGGGGUUCCAUUAGGUUUGGGUAAUAACACUAGGCGGUUCAUGUCUAUCAAAUCUGGUGGUGGUAAUAGUGCGAAUAAGGUCAAUCUCACCAAGUCAUUAGCUGGUAAGCCAAUGAAUUUGUUAAGGUCCACGAUUGUGAGCUCUCGAGAAGCUGUUGGUCUUCAUGUUGAGGCAUUCUGGAGAAGGAAUUAUCUCUGGAUACUUGGUGCUGGUGCUUUUGGACUUUGCCUUAUUCUCUGGAGAGUUAUGUUUGGGAUUGCAGAUACUUUUAUUGGUUUCUCUGAAGGAAUGGCUAAGUAUGGAUUUCUUGCUCUUUCCUCUGCCAUGGUUGCUUUCCUUGGUCUCUAUGUGCGUUCAAGAUUCACCAUAAAUCCUGAUGCGGUAUAUAGGAUAGCAAUGAGGAAGCUGAACACAUCUGCAGGAAUCCUUGAGGUCAUGGGUGCCCCAUUGUCAGGCACUGAUGUGAGAGCAUAUGUGAUGUCAUCAGGUGGGCUUAGGUUGAAGAGCUUCAAGCCUAAGAUUGGCGGCAAGAGGUGUUUCCUCAUUUUCCCUAUACGAGGCUCGGAAAGAAAGGGUCUUGUAAGUGUUGAAGUCAAGAAGAAAAAUGGCCAGUAUGACAUGAAGCUGCUAGCAGUUGACGUUCCCAUGAGCACAGGACCUGAUCAACGUUUUUUCUUGAUCGGUGACGAAGAAGAGUAUAAGGUAGGGGGUGGUUUGAUAUCUGAACUUAGAGAUCCCAUAGUGAAAGCUAUGGCAGCGACUAAAGAGUUUGAGGAACUUGACGAAAAGGAAGAGGAAGAGGAUGAAGAGCGGGAACUGGAGGAAGCAGAAAGGGAACUGGAGGAGGCAGAAAGAAAAAACCGUGAGGAGAUUGAGCAAUUGGAGAAAAGGUAGAGUAAGUAGAGUUUAUACAUACAUACUGUUUUGUUGUGUCUUCUUGUUACUUUGUUUGUGUGUGUUCCCCAUCUAUCUGUUCCUUCCUGGGGGGGUUCUUUUUCAUUUGACACUUGGAGCAAAAAUACACCCAAGGCUAUUUCUGUUUUUUUGGAAGUGGUAGUGAUGAUGGAAGAUACCAAACAAACACGCGUCGGUUCUGCUUCUUGGUGAGAUAUUAUUAAAGAGGUUUUGGCAGCUGGUUUGGUUCCAAUUGAAUAAAACAGCAGGCUACAUACAUGUUCCUAGGAAAUCUUUUUAGACACCGGAAAUAGCUUUAUGAAUGUGUUUGUUAUGUUAUUAUUCCUUGUUCAUUAGUUUUGUUUUUCUUUGUUAUACUCCACUAGUCCACUUGGGGUGUGUGAGAAGUAAGAAGAGGGUGGGGAAAUGCAUCCCGAAUACUGAGGAGUAUUUUGUUAUUAAGCUGGUUUGCUUAUUUGAGAAGAAAGUUUGUUUGUUACG